AUGAUCACAACAUCCGCGAUCAUUUAUCUGAAACACUUCUGUAGCACGGCUAGCAGUGCCUGUCUGCAGAUUCAGCCACCAUUCGUCCUUCCAGCACUUGUUGCAUCUCCCCCUCCAAACCCGCACCGACGUCCCUAUCUCCCUAAUAUCGGCGUCCCGCCGUUACGCCCAAGAAGCAUCUUAAAGCCAGCAGCACCAACGGCGCAUGUGACUGCGAGUGAGAUCUUCUGUAGCGAUCACGAAUCGCCCGGAUACACAUAA